CACACCACCCCCCGGGCUCUGGUCCCUGUGUACUCGUCCUCACCCACACGGUCCAAAUUCACUCCAGGCCCUUUCUGUAACAAGAUACUUGCCAGGGCUCCAGCACAUCUGAUAUGCUAAAAACAGUGCCCCCCUUCAACUGCAAAGCGCCAGCCUUGUCAGUCACUCACGGAUUCCGGUGGUGUGGGCACUACUGCACUGACAGGGCCAGGCACCAUCUCCCUUGGGGGCAUUCCACCCGGCCAGCAGCCCAGCAACGCACAACAGUUUCCUGGUGUCAGGACCUUCAAGACAGGAUUGAUGCCAGGAAGAAGGCUACAGACCCAAUGGCCCCCUCCCCAGAUUCCUGGAAUUAUCUUGGCUGUCCCGGUGCUCACGGCCAUGCUAUGCUAUGCAGCAGCAUCUCCGACCAAGACUCCUUGCCGUAGCCACCUCGUUCUGAUCGUCAUCGACUGGCCCUGAGCGUUUUGCUCUCUGUUUCCUCAACAGCUUGCCUGUCUCGAGUCUUUCGGGGACCACUUUGAUGCUCGGUUUCCAGAGUACCCUGCUGUCAAUCUGUUCUGAUACGCGCUGCUUCUAAAUGAAAUAGCUCAGGGCACGCCCGCUUGCUCCACAUUGUUCCCGCUCGGCUGCUUGCCUAAACAGUAAACUGUCGACAGUUUACAAAUUCUUGUCUUAUCCCUCCCUCUCCUUCUGUCCCGCUCGCCGUCCUUGUUUUUCUCAGCACUUCACCGAGCAGAGUUUCCUAUUUGGUUUUUCUUACCAUAUACACACACGAACACCACUGCCUGGCAGGCUCGGCACAUCCAACUGCCCACCAAAAGAGCCACAAGCGCGGCGGCUUCUUGCUCACUUGGACGGGGAGGGAGAUCGGGACGGGGCAAAGAGGCACGGAGCAAGGGUGACCCUCGCCUCGCUCGCUCUAGCUCCGCCUCGAGUGUGUGUAGUUGCUUUCCUGCCCUGAACUUACCAGCAUCAGCCGUCUUUGCCCUUUCCUACCUUAGCAAGUACUUAUAUUUUCUAUGCGGCACCAGGUGGUCAAAUGAGGGUGGGCAUCUGUACUUUCGACGUUUCAUCACUCCACGCCCCGCCUACUACCUUCUCUGCUACCGUUACUUGGCUGGCCGCCACAUCCAGCUUCUUCCUGAAAAGGUUAUUUCCACGUCUUAUUGUUCCCUCCCCCCUGCUCAUUGGUCUCUUCAAAAGCUCCCCUCCCUCCUUCGACAUAUCAUCCGCUACCUGCCGCACCUGCCCUACCCUUUCUUCUUCUCUUGUGUCCCGCUCCACGUGUUGGGCAUUCUCCUCCCUUCCCACCAUCACAUUGACUCCUCACAUGAAGGAUGCUCACCAUCACUAAGCCUGUGCAGUACGGCUACGGGCCCGUCCAUGAUCUACCCACCCCGCCGAGCACAUCACGACCUUCUCCCCCCUUGAUAUAUAAGGAUUCGAGCUACAAGUCCACGCUCACUAACCCGCGAGACAGCAGUCCGUUGCGUCAGCCCAUGUCGGCACCUCACCGUGGCUUGCCACCGCCGGCGGCCUUGCCUCCAGUUCAGCCACCUCCAGGAUCCGGACUUUCCCAACCACCAGUGUCGGGGCCUCCCCCGCCGCCACCGCAGCAAAACCAGUCCUACACGCAGCUUCCGCUACCGCCAUCGUGGCAUGGUAAUGAGGAGUCAAUGCAGUACUGGUUGAAAGCGAAGGCAGAAGAGGACAAGAGAAAGCAAGAAGAGGAGAAGACACGACAGGAGAGUUUCCGCUUGGAGCAGAGGAAAAUGGAGCACGAAAUUCUGAGGACAUCACUGCACGGAGGAAUUCCCCCUCCGCUAGUACCGGUGGUGUUCGCCGGCAUGGGCGGAGGAGCGCUCUCGCCACAGGCAUGGGAACUGGCACAGCAAUUCCUGCCACCGCACCAGCAGCAACAUCCGCCAGCAUUGAUGCCAUCAGGGGCCAUUGCCUCAGAACACCAAAGAAGAGACUCGCAAGCACAGGGAUACGGCCAAUAUCCAACCUCUGGGGGAGUGCCGUCCACGCCGGGAUCGGCACAGGGGCCAACCAGCUCGUACAUGGCAGGCUAUCCAGGGUCUCCCACGAGGCCUCGGGGACAGAGCAUGCCCGGUCGGCCACCAUCCAAUCUUCCGAAUCUCAAUACGAACCUGCCGGGCGGGCCGGGCGGCGGGCCAGCAACAGCUUCACAUCCCGGAAUUGCUCACUCGCAGCACCAGGACGCCCAGCCGUCGCCGUCGAUUUAUUUCCACCACUGGCAGCCUCCCACCACUCAGGCGGGAGGGACACGGAGUGGCACGGAUCAACCCGGCACGCCCUCAGUAGGGGAAUCACCGCGAAAACGAAAAGCAGCAGGGCCACAGCCUCCCAUUCCUCCACCAUCGACGGCACAACGGCUUCGCUCACCACCGUUUCAACACAGCGCAGCGCUCUCCAACCCACCACCAGGGCGAAGAAGAGGCCACUCGCGGCAACGGAGUGACCUGGGAUCAUACCGGGCCGGAGGGCGGGGCCUUCGGGGAGAGAGCUCUGGGCCGGGGCGAGAAAUGUCGCCGAUGCACACGUCUGGGGCGAGCUCGGCUCGCGAGAGUGAACCUUCCAGCUCGUCCCAGGCUCAGCAAGGGCAGCAGCUGCAUCGUGCACCACCUCCACAACCAGCUCCCAUGCGGACCGGAGCACACUCGGUUUCGUCCCUGCUCUCGGACACUCCACAGUCCCCCCAGCCUCCGACGCACCAAUUUGCCGUCUCCUCGGAACCACGACAAUUCGGGCAGCAACAACAGCAACAGCAACAGCAACAGCAACAGCAUCAUCAUCACCACCACCAGCAGACGCCUCAUCAAACGAUAUACCAGCAGCAGCAGGCAUAUGGCGAGAGCGAGCGGACGUUGGAAGAAAAAUUGCGCGGUGGUGGAGUUCCAGGAUCGUCAACCACGCGACCAGGAGAUAACGAUUGAACCUUAAUUUCAGCGAUGUUUCAGCAUCCCCGACUCGCCCCAAACUCGUUGUGGUUUGGUAACCCUUCCGCCGGCUCCCCCCGCCCCUUUCCCUUUGCGGACAGACCCGCGAUGGGUGGGACGGCGGGGGAUGGAUGCGAGCCAGGGGUCCUCGCUCGCGAACAUUCCUUGGGAGAUCCCAAACAUCGAGCCCCUGUCGAUUCAUUCUGACACGGUCGAUUCUCCACGCAACAACGCACAUUGCGGUGCGCAACAAUUCUUUCAGCCAAACACAAACAAUCUUUCCAGAGAAAAAACUUGGAAAAGGGUCGAGGAUCCCGGAGCCCGGAGGUUUGACUGUUUUGGAGCCACUCGGAGCGAGGCAUAUUCUUGUUGCUUUUGGUUGGUUUUGGGGCUUUUUUUUUGUUUUUGUUUUUUUGCUUUUCCGUGCUUUUGCUUCGUUCCAUUACCCCUUCGUUGCAUUUUUCCAUUCUCUGCACUUUUUUUUUGGCAUUGUAUAUUGACAACUUGUACUGUAUUAUUAACAAACAGCGUCUUUUUUUUGUACUUUUUUGCUGUGUAUUUGUACGCACGUAUUCACCUUGGGUUUUUAUCAAAACAGAGGCAGAGGGAGCCAGAAGCAGGGAGCAGGGAAAAAUACCAAGACUCUUACAACGUUUAAAACAGGGGGCCAGCUUCUGGGACAUGUUUUGCUUUUUCCUCUUUUUGCUGCCAUCUUUUCUCUUUGCUUUUCUCGGGGGGAGCAACGGUGAUGACACUUCCCAAGUUGGGUAGGUGGGGCAUGGUGUGGCUGGAGUGCCAGGUUCGUUUAACUGAGGCUCGGCUUCCCGAACCCGCCAGACUGGCGGGACAGGACAUGGAUCGUCGUCCGUAGACGCUGUCGAGUCCUGUUCACUUGUUGACAUCAAGGUUCUCGAAAGAACAGAUGAACUCGAUGCUGCUGCUGCUGCUGCUGCUGCCACUGCCGGACUUUUCAUCACUUUACAGCGCCUCCAAUGCAGUCUUCUCGAUAUCUCGACGUCAUGUGGGUUGCUUCACAACGGCUGCCGUCACAUUGUAGAUGCAUCGGCACCCUCUCUGCCGGGGUCAGAGUCCAAAUCGUGCCCUCCACGAAAACCAGGAUUCCUAGCGGCACCAAGGUAAUUGUCAGGGUGAGGAAGCAGCCCCUAUCACUUACAUAAUGGCAGUUUUGAACUUUUGGGGACCUGGACAAUCACAUGUGCAUAGUGAAUAAGAAGCAAGAAAAUGACCUGAUUCGGCCAGCGAACCCCUCCUCCUCAAACACGUCGUUGCCCUGUUCGUCGUAUCUGAAUCUGCAACCACGGGCCAAGCCAUGGGACCCCGGGAGGGCUAGCGAUGCAUCGGGUUUAGGUGAGAACCCUCUGCCGCAUCUUCCAAGCGCUUGUCAGGUCCUUUGGCCAGCGCCACCAUGGCACUCGACGGACAUCUUCACUCUCCACGGCAUCGUUCUGGAGGAGCCUCAUCUCGUCCCAGGUCAGAGCACCUGCAUAGCCAUGGCCGGGUAUGCCACAUCGGUGUUGACGGCGCUUGCUGCUGAUCGAUCAUACACAGACUACGAGGUCCGACCUAUUCCUGGUAUCACGGCAGACGAGGUAUCAAAAGAAGAAAGCAGCGCCGAGGAGAAAACAAGGCCAAUGUGCAGACAAGUGCCGAGGCAGAUGAAGGGGCUGUCUUCUUCUGGAUGUGGAAACCGGACAUUUUCUGAUUUGCCCGGCCUUUUCUCCUCCCACACAGCACAUAUCAAAGAACUGACAGUGGAGGAGAGCACCUCGCAAAUAGUGUCACACAUGUCGAGUUGAGACGCACUCUGAAGGGGAUGACGUUACUUAAUAUAGGGCUGCGCAUUAGCACCCCUGUCCGGACAAGGACCAGGGCCGUUGGGCGGCAGACUGGGGUAAACCCGAAAGCGGUUUAACGC